AUGAAGCACAGUGGAAUAGGCAAUCUAUUUGGUCAUCGAUUACAAUAUCGAAUGAUUUAUGUGGUGAAUUUUGCUUUUUUAUGUGUUAUUAUCGUCUAUUUGAGUUUUUGUUUAAUGUUAUGGCGAGUGACAAAAGUUGUUGAGAAACCUGAUCAAUUUUGUAGAGAAUAUAAACCGUCUAUCGCUCAUAAAAAUUUGCUGUACAUUCAGUCAAUGAACAUUCUCUAUUGUAACGUACCCAAGGCAGCUUCAAGUAAUCUUCGACGUGUUCUUCAUGCUCAUCUCUUUCCCAAUUCACGACAAAAUCCUGAUCGUUCACAAGUAUGGAGAAACUUUGAAAAAGACUUUAGAAAAUUCUAUUUGGAUAAUGAUAUCAAGUCUCAAUCGAUUAUCAACAAUCGAACAACGAAUAUAUUCAAAUUUUUACUUGUUCGUCAUCCAUUCCGUCGUAUCUAUUCGGCCUACAACGAUAAGUUCGUUCAUGAACAUUUAGAUAAUGCACUUUUUGGUUGGCAAGCUACAGAAGAAGGAAUUCUACUACAAAUGUAUCCAAAUGAAACAGUUUUAUCAUUGAGACGACGUGAUGCUCGACUAGAUUUUCGAACAUUUCUUCGUUUUCUUGUCGAUUCCAUUAAACGAAAACGAUCGAUGGAUAAUCAUUGGGAUCAAAUUGUUUCUCGAUGUAGUGUUUGUCAUAUAGACUAUGAUUGGGUGGGUAAAGUAGAAAAUCUAGAGGAAGAUGGACCAAUUUUAUUGAAACAAUUCAAAGGUAUGACUAAAUAUGGAAUGCAAUUUCCUUCCUGGAAACUUGACGAACCUGAACAUAAUAAAACGGAUUUAAAUGAUAAACAGAUUGUGGAACUUUUUCGUGAGACACUCAAUAGUGAAGAUGAUUUUCGUAUGCUUGUUGAUUACUAUAAGCCUGAUUUUCAAGCAUUUAAAUAUGCUCUACCUCAUUAUUAA